AUGGCGGAUGUGCAGUUGAAGGCAUUGCUCAUGGGUGUGGAGGCGGAGCGCGGGGCAACUGUGACGUGCCGCGACCCGUCUGCGCUUGAGAUGCUGCUGCGGAUCAGCAACUCCGACGCCCACCGAGGGAGUGUGUGCGUGAUCUUCCAAAACGCCAGCGCAGCCGCGUCGCCGGGGGCGCAGAUGUUGUUCAUCAAUGAGAAGUGCGCAAAGUCAGUGGAGGAAGAGGUGCAGUUGUGGCUGGACCCCUUCAACAUAACUGCCGUUGACGCGACUGCCGGCAGUGCGCGAAAACGCGCCCGCGCCGACUCCGAAAGCGACGACUUCGAGAGCGAAAUGGACUCGGACGCGUAG